AAACGGGAGUAUUUUAAAGAAGAAGAAGAAGAGUGACGUGAUAAUCUUCUGUAUAUAAACGAAAAGUGUUAAAUUGGGCGUCACCGAACGCCGAAGAAGGAUCGAGCUUCAUCGGCAAAGAGUACAAAUGGAAGCACCUCCUUCCCUUAUACUUCGACGUGUCUACUCAACUGCCCAGUUGGUUUUGGGCAUGGACCUCUAUGAUGUCCUGAUAGCCAUAGAAUCCUAUACUUGAGCAGCAACACCUUAUAUAGUGAUUCAAGUGCAUUCAAAACAAUGUCUUUUUCUAUGUGGGUUGGAAAUGUGUAUCAGAAGUUUGGAGCUAUGUGUUUGGGGAUUGAAGAUGCUAUGUAUAAGGACAGUAUAGCUUAUGUUGAAAAUCAAGUGCAAACAGUAGGUGAGAGUGUAAAAAGGUUUUGCUCAGAAAUGGUGCAAGAUUUGCAUCCUGCGUCUCUUUUAGAUCCUGUGGGAGUUGUUUUUGCUGACAUGUCUGUGAAUCCAUAUGCUUACCUCGAGAUUGAGAAAAAGAAGAAAAAGGAAAACAUGAAAGAACAUCAUGGGAAAUCCACAGACAAUAUGAAAUCCACAGACGAUACUCAAGUCAUCAAGGGGAGAAGCACACUUGGUGGGAUACACAGACGCCGUAAUGUUGGGACUAUCAAGAGAACUGAAGGCUAUGAUGAUCUUCCUUUAAUGGCAUCUCUUCCCAUGACUUCUAAAUCUUGGGAGAGAAAAGAUAUGAAAUCCCCAGUCUGUGAAAUAGGAGAAACGUCGGAGGAAAUUUGUGAUCAUAAAGUGGGUUCCCCUGUUACCUCUAAGUCUUGGGAGGGGAAUAAGAUGAAGUCCCCAGUCUGUGAAAUAGGAGAAACGUUAGAGGAAGCGUGUGAUCAUAAGGUGGACUUACCAGUGACUUCUAAGCCUUGGGAGAGUAAUAACAUGAAGCCCCCAGUCUUUGAAAUAGGAGAAAAGAUAGAGGAAAUCUUUGAUCAUGAAGAGGAUACUAAUAUGCAAACAACAGGCAUCUCUAUAGGCAAUGUGGCAUCUGAAGUGACAUUAUUGGUUGGAUCACCGAUCUGUGAAAAAGGAGAAAGCUUAGAGGAAUUUUUUGUACCCAAAGAGGAUGAUAAAAUGCAAACAACAGGAAGCUCUAUAGACAAUGUGGCAUCUGAAAAUGUGGCAUCUGAAGUGGCAUUAUUGGUUGGAUUACCAGUCUGUGAAAUGGGAGAAAAAGAAAUCUUUGAUCAUAAAGAGGAUAACAAUAUUCAAAAACCCGGCAGCUCUAUAGACAAUGUGGCGUCUGAAGUGACAUUAUUGGUUGGAUCACCAGCCUGUGAAAUGGAAGAAAAUGAAAUCUUUGAUCAUAAAGAGGAUAACAAUAUUCAAAAACCCGGCAGCUCUAUAGACAAUGUGGCGUCUGAAGUGACAUUAUUGGUUGAAUCACCAGAAUGUGAAAUGGGAGAAAAGGAAAUGUUUGGUCAUAAAGUGGAUGCUUAUAUGCAAACAACCGGCAGCUAUAUAGGCAAUGUAGCAUAUGAGGUGACAUUAUUGGCUGGAUCAGCUGGGCAGAAGAAGCAAGAAAAUUUCGGAUGCGCUUAUGCUUUUGACGGCUCAUCAUCAAUUUCAAGUGGUACACAAGAAGCAGAUAUGCCCAAUUCUACAAUUUGGCUUAGUACAUUAAGCGAUUCAGGAAUAUCAGAGAGGCAUUAUUUUAAGGUAUUAGAUGAGGCAAAUGAUGUGCUUGAGCAAGAAAUUGAUCAAGAUGUGGAGAAAACAUGUGUCUUGGUUGAAGGGGAUGGGCUUCUUCUUCCACAUGGUCUUGCCAAACACAAAUCAUACAAGACGAAAAUCCGCGAAGCAUUUUCUUCAAAAAAGAGAUCAACAAAGAAAGAAUAUCAGAGGCUUGCAAAACAAUAUGAGCAAGGUUUGGGUAAAGAUUGUGAGGGGAAAAAUGCCUCACCUCAGAUUUCUUCAGGUUGGGACUUCCCUGACUCUGAGUGGGAGCUUCUCUAAAUGCUUGUCCAUGCUGCUGUGGCUAUUAUAGAUUGAUCUGAGUUCAAUGGUUUUGACUUUUGUUAUAUUUAUGAGUUUUGUUUUAUGAUCUUUAUUUAUUGAUUCGAAUAAACAACUUAAAAAAUAGUUCUGUCAUGA